AUGACGUUCUGGUCUCUGCUCGUCGUAGCAUGGCUCCCAGUUCUGCAGGUCCUCCUCGUAGGAUUGCUCGGAGCUCUUCUCGCGUCCAGCCGUCUCGACGUUCUCACGGCCGAUGCUCGGAGGAAUAUCAAUAAGGUUGUUUACAUCGUCUUCGUUCCGUCGCUCGUCUUCUCCAGCUUGUCGAGUACUGUCACACUCAAGGACAUCGUUUCCUGGUGGUUCAUGCCAGUGAACAUGGGCAUCGUGUUCCUGAUCGGAGUAGUUCUAGGCUGGGUGUCUGUCAAGGCCUUCAGACCGGAAGAACAUCUUCAGGGACUUGUCAUUGCUUGCUGCUCAUCAGGUAACUGGGGAAACAUUCCUCUAAUGAUUGUUCCAGCGAUUUGCAAUGAGGAGGGCAGCCCUUUUGGAGACGCCAGCACCUGCAACUCUCUUGGUCUCUCUUAUGUGUCCUUGUCAAUGGCGGAUGCAGGUGGUGAUUACGUCGCUUUUCUUCCUUCUGAAGAUUUAUCCGACGAAGAUGGAAGCAACUCGGUUAGUUCUCCUCCCUUGCCUCCAAACGAUCCUAGAGCUAGCUUCUUGAGUUACUACUUGAGAAGAGCACAAGAGUUGCUGCUAGAAAUACUGAAAGAACUGUGUUCACCGCCAAGUGCAGCUGCGGUCGUAGGAUUCAGUGUUGGUGCAACAGACAAGGUGAAAUCACUUAUUACUGAAGAAGGUUCUCCUCUCCGGGUAAUCCAGGAUUCUGCCAAAUUAUUAGGGGGCGCUACAAUUCCAUGCACGGUGCUGAUUCUCGGUGGAAAUCUAACCAAAGGUAUAGGCAAGACGGUGACCAAGCCCAUUGUGGUCAUAUCAAUAAUUGUCAUACGUUUUGUUCUCCUCCCAACCUGCGGAAUCGGCAUCGUCACAGCAGCCACCAAGCUUGGGUUGCUACCGAAUUCUCCCCUGUACCGCUACGUGCUCCUGCUGCAAUCCACAGUUCCUCCAGCCAUGAGCAUUGGCACAAUAGCUCAGCUGUUUGAUGUGGGGGAAGAGGAGUGCUCUAUCGUCUUCCUGUGGACGCACCUAGUUGCUGCCCUUGCUCUCACGCUUUGGUCGACGGUGUUCAUGUCACUCGUACUGUGA